AUGUCUACCUUUUUAAAAAACAGUAAGCCUAGGGUAAAUAAAAAGCUACUAAAGGUAGUUAAAAGAGGGAGUGUAGGCAUAGAGGGGAAAAAGAACCCUAAGGGAAGCCUAAGGCCUAGGACUUUACCUUAUAAGGCUUUAUCUAAAAAGGUACUAAAGUUAUCUAAAGUUAGAAAACUAAAGGAAGAUAAUAAGGCUAUAGGGGUAUUCUUUAACUACUUCUUUACCUUUACUAGUGUCUUCCUUAGGGAUAUUAUACUUCUCUAUAAGGAGGGCUAUAAGUAUAAGGUUAACUAUACUAUUAUUAAUAAUAUAGCUAAGACUAUACCUAUAGCUAGACCUAAAAUUAAUAAAGCUAUCUAUAGGCUAAGUAGCUAUAGCGCUAAGAAGACAGUAAGUAGCUUUUAUAUAAGUAGUAAAAUACUUUAUAACUUUAUAAGAAUAGGCUUAGUAGUAAAAGCUAAUAAAGUUAUAUUAGUUAAAAAGCUAUAUAGUAGGCUACUAUAUAUAUUCUCUAUAGCUAGGAUAUUUAAGAAUAACUUAGUUAAGAUUAGCUAUACUAAGAACACUAAAGCCUUAAGUAUUAGUAUAAUAUAUACUAAAGCCUAG